CACGCCGCAGCCGGUCGAGCUCAGCCCACUCCACCCCAGAGCAGAGCCGCGAGCACACAAUCUAGCUAGCUAGCCAGCAAGCCAGUUACGCUAGCUAGCGCUCGACACCGCGGCACUGCUCGGCUCGGUCCCCUUCUCCCUCGCGGGAGCACGCGGAGAGGCGACCGAGGAUCGACCGACCGCCGGCCGGCGAGCGAUGUCGAGCCACGAGGCGUGCUGCGGGACCAUGUUCUGGGUGUACCUGCUGUCCUGCGCGGGGCUGGUGAUGUUCGCGGGGCUCAUGUCGGGGCUCACCCUGGGCCUCAUGUCGCUCAGCCUCGUGGACCUGGAGGUGCUGGCCAAGGCCGGCACCCCGCAGGACCGGCGCAACGCCGCCAGGAUCCUGCCCGUCGUCAAGAACCAGCACCUCCUCCUCUGCACGCUCCUCAUCGGCAACUCCCUCGCCAUGGAGGCGCUCCCCAUCUUCCUCGACUCCCUCGUGCCCUCCUUCGGGGCCAUCCUCAUCUCCGUCACCCUCAUCCUCGCCUUCGGUGAGAUCAUGCCGCAGGCCAUCUGCACGCGCUACGGGCUGAGCAUGGGGGCCAAGGCGGCGCCCAUCGUCCGGGUGCUCCUCGUCGUCUUCUUCCCGGUCGCCUACCCCAUCAGCAAGCUUUUGGAUUGGUUACUGGGAAAGGGUCAUGUUGCACUUAUGAGGAGAGCUGAGCUGAAAACAUUAGUUGAUAUGCACGGCGAUGCGGCCGGGAAAGGUGGAGAGCUGACCCAUGAUGAAACUACUAUCAUUGCAGGAGCAUUAGAGAUGACUCAAAAGAGUGCAAAAGAUGCCAUGACUCCCAUAUCUGAAACCUUCUCACUUGACAUAAAUGCCAAGCUGGAUGUGCAUACGGUGGGUAUGAUAAUGACCAAAGGGCACAGCCGUAUUCCUAUAUACUCUGGAAGACCAAGCAAUAUCAUCGGUCUUAUAUUGGUAAAAAACUUGCUUACUUGCCGACCUGAGGAUGAGGUGCCCACUAGACAUGUUACUAUCAGAAAAAUUCCAAGGGUGGCUGAUGAUCUUCCUCUCUAUGACAUUCUAAAUGAGUUUCAGAAAGGUCACAGCCACAUGGCUGUGGUUGUUAAACGCACUAAAGAAGACGGAGCAUCUGCCGAAAAGAAUAACAGUUUUACACCAGAUUACAAAAUGACCAACGGGCAUGCUCAUGCUGAUGGUCUGGGUCUGUCACCCUCGCAUGUCAACAUUUCCGGAAGUCGUCGAAAUAACAAUGACAAGUACAGUAAGAAAAUUGAAAGAAAACGGGACAACAUUCUUGAUUUCAACACCGAUCCACUUCCUCACUAUUCAAUGGAUGAGGAAGCGGUGGGAAUAAUUACGAUGGAAGAUGUCAUGGAGCAACUGCUGCAGGAAGAUAUCUUGGAUGAAACAGAUGAGUAUGUUGAUGUGCAUAACAAGAUCAAAAUAAACAUGUUACCGCCAGGCAAAUCAUUGUCGCCUCUUAUAUCUCCUAGUGGUGGACCUCUGUCUCAAGGACUAAGAAAGACCCCUAUGGCUUCUCCAUUGUCGCCGUACCAUAAUGGCGGCUCCAUCUUACGUUCCCCUGUUACAAACCAUGCUCGAUCACCUGGGACUUUACCGACGAUGUUUUCUCCUGGAAGGUCACCGGCAUCUCAAACUCCCGUGCGCGGUUCGCCGACUUCAAGUUGGGUCUCGAGGAAUUCGUACCGAAAUCCAUAGAAAUGGUGGUGAGAGCUGAUGCCAAAGAGCUCAGGGGGCAACAAUCCCAGUUGAGGUCACUCCCAAGAUCAAAUUGAGGCACUGAAGAGUGUAGGGUCAAAGAAUGAAGACCCCACAGCUCUCUCCUUUGUUGCUGGUCCUUGUUUAUUUAUGAUUUUCUUGUACAUAUAUAUAUGUCCCUUAGCAUCUGAACUGAGUAUGGAUGAGCUCUCACCACCUACUGUAGACGCCCUUUUUGCCAAACUUGUAGCAACCAUUGCAGAAGAAAACUGCGGAGAGAAACAACGUAAACGAAACGCAUUCUGUAUGUAUCGCGCAUCUGUGCUAGUAUUCUUGUUUGUCAGCCGCCAUUGUACUCACUCAAACUCAAGUAUAGCAGCUGUUGGUGCUAGUACUGCUGAUGGCUGCCCCCAUUUAUGUAUGAAUUGUACAAGCUUAUGUUUCUAAUGAGUUUCAUUGUGAAUA